AUGACUUUAGAUUCAGUUGAAGCUUAUCACAUUCUCCGUAAUGGAAUUACUGGUGGUCUAUCAAAUGUUCAACAUAGAGUAAAUCUUAAAGGAAUCACGCACAUUAAUAAACUUUCAUAUAAUCCAGAAACUAAAACUGUAUCAAAUGAAGACACUUCCAACAUCAUGACUCAUUUCGUUGGUGUUGACUUUAAUUCAUUAUAUCCUUCAUCAUUUUCAUCUAAUCCUCAUGAUUUCAUUCAAUAUACUGACCAUAAAAUGUAUAUGCCGGGAAGAUUGAAUGGUGUUAUCAUUUGUGAUACAGCAACAAAGAAAGCAAAAGCACUGGGAAUAAUUAAGAAGAAAAAUACUUUAUUCGUGGCUGAAGUAAAGGGUCACAUUGAUGAAAAAUACAUUAAUGAUUACAUAAACUUUUUACCGAUAAUAAGAAACUUAGAUAUUAUCACAGAUGAAAAAACAAUUGGCAGUUUUAUGUAUAAUUACAUGAAAUCAAACAAUCUACCAGUUGACCAGAAACAGAGAAAAUUAACUCAGUUAGCAUCAACACACAACCAAUAUCAACCAUUUUCUUCUUAUUAUCUAUGGUAUCUAAUCGACAGAUUUCAUUUUAUCAUUGAUGACAUUCAAUCAAUUUUAACAUUUACGAAAAACACUUGUUUUAAUGAAUUUGCGAACAAAUUUAUGAACGAAAGACAAAAGGCUGAAUUAGAAGGAAAUAAAGGAAAAUGUUUAUUUUGCAAGAUUUCACUUAAUGGAUCAUAUGGUUACGAUGCAAUGAAUACACAAAAUUACGCAAAGACUAA